AUGUCCACCUUUGCUUUCGUGUUACUCUGCUUGCAAGCUUGCUUGGUUCAGAAUGUAUACAGCCAGUGGUGUGGCGCUCCACCUUUAAGUCGUGCCGCGAUUGCUGGACCCUACGGAUGUGGCUACGGUAUGGGUCUCUCGACGGGCCCCUUCGGUCUGGCUGCCCCUGGCUUAGCCCCCUAUGGUAUUCCCUCAGCUGCUGGUGCUUACGGAGGUGAGGGUAUCGGUGAUGUAGCAAUCAUCGGUGAGAUGCCAGUCGCUGGUACCACUUUCAUUGGUGGACAAGUGCCUAUCCUCGGCGCUGUAGACUUCGGAGGCGUUGUGCCAGCCGCUGGAGCUGUCACUAUCGCUGGUAGCUGCGGCUGUAGAGCUAACAGAGGUUACUUUUAC